AUGGCAACGGGCACAAUCGACCUGACAGGCCUGGAGAAUGGGUCGACCAACAACCCGCUCGACACGGCCAAGGCCAACCUGCCGCUGCACAUGACGGUGGCGGCCUUCACGGGGAUAGCGUGGUACAACGUCCUGGAGCUGAACCUGGCGGUGUACCUGACGUUCCGGCGCAGGAGCGGGCUGUACUUUUGGUCGGUGGUGAGCAGCAUCUGGGGGAUAGCGGUGCACAGCUCGGCCUUCGUGCUGAAGCUGUACGGGGUGGUUCCGCAGUACGGCGUGACGGUGACGCUCAUCACGCUGGGGUGGUACGCCAUGGUGACGGGCCAGGCGCUGGUCCUGUACUCGCGUCUGCAUCUGGUGGUCGGCGACGUGCCUCGGCUGGUGACGGCCGUGCUGGCCAUGAUCGUCCUCAACGCCGUGUGCAUGCACGUGCCCAUGACGGUGCUCACGUACGGGUCCAACUCCCCCCACUGGCGGGACUUUGUCGACGGCUUCCGCGUCAUGGAGAAGCUCCAGAUGUCCGUCUUCUGCGUCCAGGAGUUCGCCAUCUCGGCUGUCUACAUCUGGGCCACCCUGCGCUUCCUGGGGGGCCCUGUCUGGCACCGCCGCCACGUCCGCUCCGUCAUGCUCCAGCUGUUCUGGAUAAACGUCGCAAUCAUAGCCAUGGACCUGGCCAUGCUCACCAUGGAGUACCUGGGGAGGUACUUCCUCGAAGCCGUCAUGAAGGGCGCCAUCUACAGCGUCAAGCUCAAGCUCGAGUUCGCCGUCCUCAACCAGCUCAUGCAGAUUGCCACCUCGUCCCGUAGACGCCAGCGUCGUGCCGCCCACCACCACCACCGUCACCACCAUCACCAUCAGCACCGCCGUCUUCACCAUCUCGAUCAUGCUGCCGCUUCCGGUCGCCAUGCCGGCCUUGAGGGCGAUGGCCGUCCCACCAGCUUCCGCGCAUGGCUAAAGCGCUUCGUCCCCGGUCCCGUGGCGACUACCUCGGACGACGACGUCAGUGACGACGACGAUAACAACAACUUCAUCUCGCCUUCGUUCUUCCAAAGCACAAACAACAACGACGACGACAACGAUGAAGAGAUCGCCAAUUCCGCUCCUCCCCCCCGUCGUCGUCACGCUGUUUCGCCUCCCUACGGCCGCAGCCGCAGCAUCGAGCAGAUCAGAUAG